UCUCUACUUCGAAACCCUAGAAUUAUUCUACUUCUUAGAUCGAUACCCGAAUUAAUGGCGGAUCGUCCACGCAUGUCUUGUUUUCUCUGAAAUCUUGAUCAUUUUAUGGUCCGAGUUUUGUUCGUCUUCAAUAGCUUCGGCAGAUGGGAGGCGGAUCCGUUGUUCUCGGCGGCCGAAGUUGUGCAAGAUUCGGCCGACAGGAUGGAGUCAGUUUUCCAGAUGCUGUUGCAUGAACAGAAGCUUGUUCAAGGGGAGUCUUCAGAUAGCAAGCUCCUUGGUCAGAUCCAGUAUCACAGGAGAGACCUUCUUACUGCUCUUGAGACGACAAAAUGGCAGUUGGAGGACUUUGAGAGGGCUGUCAAUUUUGCUGCGUCAUCUGAUAAAUCCAACUCAAGGCAAAAUGCAAUAGUAAAGCAUAGAGAGUUUAUUAUAGCAAUAAGAGAACAGAGUGCGCAAGUGGAGAGAGGUCUAGCUUCAUCAACAACGGAUUUUGACAGAAAUUCACAAUGGGCGGCCUUAAAUGAACAAGACAGAGAUGGCUUAGCAUCAUCUCUUUCUGGAGGUGAUUCCAAUGACUGUCAUGCACACUAUGAGCGUGGGAAUAGUGGCAUUAUGAGAAGGUUUCUUGAUUCAAACAUGGAAAGUGAUGAAAUUGUUGAGGUCAAAGUUGAAGAAGGUGAUAAUCUUGAAAAAUAUGGUUUAGGAGCGUGGACACUCUGCCAGGAUUCUGCUACAGAGGUAGAGCAAGGAGAAUCAAAUAUUUCCUUUACAUAUUAUGAUUUGGAAAAUAGCGAAUCAGGUAGUAAAUGCUAUGCUUAUAGUAGUAGGUUCAGAAGGAUGCCUAUUUGGAGGUUCUUUAGAAACUUUCAGCUUGCUAAUACGGGUAAAAGGAGCUUUGCAAAGAGAAGAAAAGAUGAGGAAAUCGCCGGACGAUGUGCUUGCCGAUACUGGAGGAGGGAUGUUAUCCUCAGCUUUUAACAUAUCUCCAGCUAAGCAAGUAAUUUUUUUUUUUUUUAAUCUUCCAUUUGGUAUAGCUACAAAAUGAGAUAGUUGGGAGCUUUCAAACAAUGCUUGAUUCUAGUAAAGGGAAGUCAUCUUCCAAUUCCCUAUGUGUGUGUGUGCACCCAUGCAUUUCGGAUAGCUAUCUGCUGUUCCCUUUGGUCUGCCUGUGUGUAGUAACUUAGAUGACCAAAUUUUUUCUUUUUCUUUGGGUCUGCCUAUUUCAUGUAACUUAAGCCUUUUACUGUUGGCCCAUCUGUUUAAGUCAAAUGCUCAAAAGGUUGUACUUUAUUUUGACAGUAUCAUAUUUUUAGCCUUUUUUUUUUCUUAUCAUUUGGUGGUUGAUGUCACAUAAAUUGUUCUUGUUGUAUCAAAAGUUCACUUUGCUCAGGAAACUGUUUCAUUUGUUAUUUAUGAGUCUAAUAUUAUUUUACAUAUGAUGUGCAUAAAAGUAGCAUGGCUGUUUACUUCUAACCUAGUUCUUGUGUAAAUGGCCAUCAACGCCUGAACUGGCAAAUGAUGUAUUUGACUUGGGCUUAUACUAAAAAAUUCACAUUAUUAUAUUUUGCUGUUAAAUACAUGAUGCGGCAGUUGUUUAAUGUGUGCUAUAACUGCUGUUGGUUUUCUAUCCACUCUGAUUUCUUGGUAAAUGA